CAGGCUCGUGCAGCUGGUUCGUAUUUGCCUGUGUGUGAGUGAGUGAGUGUGUAUGAGUGCGUGUGUGUGUGUGAGUGCCAACUACUUAUUACUAUUUACAUUUUUUUUCUUCUCUCCCCAACACCAUUAAGUUGUGGUGUUUAGUCGGGAGCCACGGCGAGUAAGUCAUCUCUCAGUGAAGGAAAAAAAAAAGAAAGACUCCAAAAAACAACGCCGACCUAAAUGAACUCGAGAAUAACAAGUUUGCUACGCACAUCCGUUGAAUAGAAGCCACGACUACGCAGUUGAACAUUUUCGGCUUUUUAAUUUCCUUUUCAGUCGAGAUCCUCUUGCAGCUGACGACGUUGUUUUUGUGGCUGUCAUCGAAAAAAAAAAAAAAAGUCCCGUGUGCCUUAUUGUAAGCGAGCAAAGUCGUUCAUGUUAGCUAAUGAAGCUGUAAACGCCACAAGAGAUCCAGCAAUUAAAAGGUAUUUGUUAAGGGAUAAGCCAUAAGCUAGCCAAGUCAACAUGCUAAAGACCCUGACCAAGAAGCUAAGAAGACACUCACUCAAUGAGAUACACCCUUUUCAACUUAAGUUUUCUUACCAUGGCAGUGGUGAGGGUGGGGAGAGUGAUGAUUCAGAAGGAGAGAACCAGGAGCUUGCACAAAUUGAUAGAGAGAGACGGAGAAAUUGUGCCCUCACCCCCCUGGCUACUAGCCAGCAGCACAACCAGGGUCCCCUCUCUCCAGCUCGUUUACGACGCCUCCGCCUUCUUCUUGACGCCAAUCUGGAUCGACACUCGUCAGAGGAAGAAUUAGAGCGAAUCAGCUAUGGGGACAACAGAAAGUGGAUGUCUUCACUCCCUCAGCGCCAUGGUGAUCACCACAGCAGCACGUCCAGCGACGAGGAGGUGCGAGAUCUCUGUGGUUGUGGGUCGCCCGUUGCUACUACAAAGACACUGGUCGAGUCUGGUGCUUGUCUGGCCGCCGUCUCCAGCCCUGUGCUUUUCAGCUCUAGCCCUCCAUGUAGCCUGAAGCCACCACCCAUGCGCUUUCAACUCCAGGUGGUCCAGCCAGUCACUCGGCCAAUCAUCUUGACCCACUUUGACCAGUCAGCACCUUACAGAAAAUACCGGCACAGCUAUAGUGGGGAGUUGGGGAGACCAAGUCUUGAUCUAGAGAAGAUGCAACAGAAAAUGCUGCUGAAAAAACACUGUGGAGGGAAAACACGGACCAUAAAGAUUCGGACUCUGACUGGCAGUCGCGCUCCACCCAGGUACACUUACGACCCCUCCAUCUUCGCCUUCCGGUCUUUGAGCACCGUGCCCCUGUCUGAGGAUCCUCCCUGCUGAUGAAGGAACUGCUCGUUGAAAACGUCCCUUCUCUCAAAAGAAAGACUGUUCUAAAACAGACCGGUCCAACUAUUGCACACUCAGGUAUUCCCACCCUGUAUCGAUGUCACUUUGAUGAUUACUCUUGGGGGAAUAAUAUGGCCUAACAUUUCUAAAGGAUAUUUCAGGUUUGUAUACAUAUAGUUGUACCUGACUAAAUCGUGGUAUUGGUAAAGAAAGGCACAUGGCUUAUGUCGCACAACAAAUCACAUUCAUUUAGCUUUGGAUGGGCUCAAGGGGAAAGCUGCAUGGACGACAAUCAAAUGGUUUCCAAAGUAAUGUACAAACAUGGUCACCCACUAUCUUAAUCAUGUUUUGAUGAUAACGUCAUAUUUGCCUGCCUGGAAAACAACAUGUUAUUCUUUGAAUAUGCAGGUGACGGUGAACUAUACCAACACAUAUGACUAGUUCUACCUAGUUGACCAUUGAUGUGUUUCUCAGCCAAUAUGAUUAGUGUUAGUCCCCGUCAAGUAUUUGUAGCCUCUUCCCUGCAUGAGUUCCACUGUGUUGCAGAAAGAGCGAGAAGGAAUGAGUACAAUAGUUUGCUGCACAUUUGGCAAGUGUAACGGAUGUGCUGUGUUAUGCAUAGCCUACUUGUAGUGUGCCAUUUUUAUUAUUUUUAAUAUUGUACCUCAUCACUUUUUAGGUAGAACAGGACCGUUGGUAAGAUGUAAAAAUAGCCCAGUUUUUUCUAGACAUGCCUUUCAAUAACAUUCCUGUUGUGUCGUACGGAAUCGGAGAAUUGCCAGCUGACCGUUGGAUCGGACAUGCAAUGUCGCCGUCAUAACGACCAUUUUCGCCGAAGUGAAUGUAACAUUGUGACAAGUUUCUGUUCCUUGUUACACUAAAUGGAUCAAUAAAUGCCCUGUGGCCUCUUG